UUAAAGAAAGAUAGAGAAAAAAAAAAAAAAACUCUUCCUCGACCGACAUCGUCCUCUUCAAUAAGAACCCUACCUUCUUCUAUUUGGUAUGCUAUUAAGGCCGUCCAUUUUCUUCUUCAAUUAAUUCCUUCGUUUCGCAAAUAUAAACAAAAACGGAGAAAGGAAACCUCUCAGAUCUGACAACUCCCUCUCUCAGAUCCAUGGCUCGUUUGUUUCUCUUCUCUUUCUUUGCUUCUCUUCUAUUUUCUCUUUGUUUUGCUGAGAUCCGAUAUUCUGAUAUCCGAUCUGAUGACCGCCCGAUUAUCCCUUUCGACGAGUUUGGUUUUACUCACAAGGGUCAACUCGAGCUCAACGUCUCUAACAUCCAGCUUUCUAACCAAAACCCUGAUCUCGACCUCUCCAAGGUCGGAUUCUUCCUCUGCACCCGAGACUCCUGGCUCCACGUGCUCCAGCAGAUCGAGGACGGCGAGAUCACUUGCGCUCUCCAAUCGGACCUUAUCAAGCACGUCUUUACCUUCAACAAGCUCCAAAAAGGCCAGGGCAAGUUCUCCGUUCUCUUUCCCGAAAACGAUGCCGAUCAGUACACUCUUGUUUUUGCCAAUUGCUUGAAUUCGCUCAAGGUGUCCAUGGACGUCAACUCGGCCAUGUACAAUCUCGAAAGGAACAAUAACCGCGAUUAUCUCUCCGCCGGCAAGACUAUUCUCCCUCGCGUUUAUUUCUUGUUCUCCCUCAUUUAUUUUGUUCUCGCCGGAUUAUGGAUUCACGUUCUGUACAAGAAACGACUCACCAUUUUCAGAAUCCAUUUCUUCAUGCUGGCCGUGGUUGUUUUGAAGGCAUUGAAUUUAUUAUGUGAAGCAGAGGAUAAGUCUUAUAUCAAGAGGACUGGUAGUGCUCACGGAUGGGAUGUGUUGUUUUAUAUAUUCAGCUUUUUGAAGGGGAUUACUCUGUUUACUUUGAUUGUGUUGAUUGGAACGGGAUGGUCCUUUUUGAAGCCCUACUUGCAGGACAAGGAGAAGAAGGUUUUGAUGAUUGUGAUUCCACUCCAGGUUGUGGCAAAUAUGGCUCAGAUAGUCAUCGAUGAAACAGGACCAUACGGUCAGGACUGGAUCACCUGGAAGCAGGUUUUUUUACUGGUUGACGUUGUAUGCUGCUGUGCUGUUUUGUUCCCCAUUGUUUGGUCCAUUAAGAACCUACGUGAGGCCGCCAAGACAGACGGGAAGGCUGCAGUGAAUUUGAUGAAGUUGACUCUGUUUAGGCAGUAUUACAUCGUGGUAAUUUGCUAUAUCUACUUUACCCGCGUGGUCGUAUACGCAUUGGAGACUAUAACUUCUUAUAAGUAUCUAUGGACCAGCGUGCUAGCUGGAGAGCUGGCGACAUUGGCGUUUUAUGUGUUUACUGGAUAUAAGUUUAAGCCUGAGGCGCAUAAUCCAUACUUUGUGAUCGAUGAUGAUGAGGAGGAGGCUGCAGCAGAGCAAUUGAAGCUGGAAGAUGAGUUUGAGUUGUAAUUCCUUUAGAUAUCGAUUGAACAAGAUGCCCUUCCUGGAAAUUGGGACGAUUAAGGUAGGAAUCGGAUCAUUGUUACAAUGGUCGGGUCUCUAUGAACAUUUUGACUAUUAUGGGGUAAAUGUGACUGCUUAUUAUGUGUUCUAUUUGUUUUCUUGUUGAUGCACUGUUUUUUCGCUUUUUAGAUAAAAUAGUACAGGUUCAUAAAUGAUCAUCUCUCUCCGUUAUACUGGAUAUUGGAUAGUGUCUAGUGUGUACAAGUUCUCAAACUAAUCUUUUUAACUAGUGUUUUUGGCAAAA